AUGGCGGCCCCCGAGGAAGGAGCUUCUUCCAGUGUCAAGCAGGAAACAACAGCAGCACCUACCACGAAUCUUGAAUCCCUCCAGCGCAAGAAGUACGCGGCCUCAGAGCUUCCUCUUACCCAAGAUCAACAAAGCGCGAUUCAAAAUCUACUCGUCGCUUUUAAGAAGAAGGGUGUCUUUGAUAACUACCGGAAGAAAAUCUGGGCAGAGUUCAACGGAUCAGAACUCAAAGGGAAAUUUACAAAUGCCCUACAGGAACUCGCUGAAAAGGAGAUUGAAAGAGAACCCGCCCAUUUGUCGCGUGACAGAGGCAAAGCAGCGACGCUGAUCGAGGGUGCUGUCGACCGCAGUGAUAUUUAUAAGAACACAGAACAUGACUUGGAAACUUUCAUAGCCAAACAUCUUGACAUAAUGUUGACUUCCGUCCGAGAGCUUAGGCGAAAUGAAGUCGGCGAAGAAGUUGCCCGGAAGGAAGAAGAGGCAGGCAAUAAAACGGAAGACGACUACGAUCGGUGGCGCAAUGCGAGAAGGGCAGAACGCGAGAAGAUCCAUCAAGCAGAAGUUGCAGAGCAAGAGCGCAUUGAUGCAGAGAGAGAAAAGGCUAGACUUGAAGAAGCACGCAGACGGCGAGAAAUUGAACGAAAGAAAGAAGAAGAACAGCGGGAGCGCGAUGAGAGGAGACGCGCCGAGCAACGCGCUCUUGAUGAUCAACGAGAAAAGGAAAGACAGGAGCGGUAUGAACGCAGGAGACGGGACGAUUCUCGUGACAGGUAUCGAAGCUACAACCUCCCUCGGGGCUAUGACCACUAUGAAGGGACUAGUAUGUCAUCGUCUCGGUACCGAGAUCAUGACCGGCGAACAAGGUCUCGGACGCCUACACCCAAAGAUCCCACGCCUCCGCCAGCUGCCCCAGUUGAUGACAAGACAUUGGAAGAAACUGCUUUGCAAUUACUUCUGAAGGAAGGUGAGGAAUUAGCCGCAAAAGCGAAACAGAAGCCAGAGUUCGAUUUUGAAGAAGCCGAGGCUAUUGAGAGUGGGCGGAAGCCUGCGUCACGCCCAAAAACUGCAACGGAAGUUCGCUAUUCCACAGCUGGAACUCGCGAUUCGUCUCGCGACAAGAGUCGAAGGAGUCGCACUCACUCGCGCACAAGAAGGUCCUCACGGAACGUGACAGGGAUGAGCGAAGUUACAGAACAAGCAGACGAAGCCGCAGUCGUUCCAGAGCCCGUUAUGACAGGACACGUGAUAGGGAAGACAGCCGAGAUAGAGCCAGGGAAAGGGACAGGGAGAGAGAUAGGGAAAGGGACAGGGAAAGAGAAAGAGAGAGGGAUCGCGAUCGUGAUUAUCGAGACCGCGGGUAUGAUAGAUACACUGGUCGUGACAUGGAUCGCAGUCGUGAAAGGGAGCGAGAACGGAGACGGUCUACAGAAAGAGAAAGAGAAAGAGAUCGCAGCAGGAAGAGGGAUAAAGAUGCCGAUGAAAAGCGAGAUAGAGACCGGGAGGAUCGUCAUCGUUCAAGAUCCCGCCGGCGCUCGCCAUCUCGCUCCAAUCAUUCUCGAACCCGGCACCGCCGGGAUCGUUCUGCUUCUCGUGCUUCUGCCACCCGUCAAACUUCUUUGUCACGACGACGUUCACGGUCCCCUAGCCAGUUGGAUAUUGAUCGAUACGUGCCAGUUACCAGUAACCGCAGCCGAUCUCCUCGCCGUCGGGUGCGAUCACCUGAUCGAGACAGGACCCGGGAUCAGGACUGGAAUAGGGAGCCUCGUGGAGACAGGUAUAUCCCUGGUGCUGAGGGAGACCGAGAGCCUGAGGUGGAUAAAUCUAGUAAUCGAGAGCGUGACCGAAACAGAGAUACCGACAGAGAGCGAGAUCGAGAGCGAGAUCGGGAUCGGGAUCGAAACUCGGAUAGAGAUCGUAAUAGGACCUAUGACAGAGACCGCGAACAGGAUCGAGACAGACAGCGCGAAAGAGACAGGGAUCGGGAUAGAGAUCGAGACCGAGAUCGAGACCGAGAUCGAGACCGAGAUAGAGAUCGGGACAGAGAUAGAAAUUGGGACAGGGACAGAGACCAAGACCGAGAAAGAAGGGACAGAGACAGAGACAGAGACAGAGACAGAGACAGGGGCAGAGACAGAGACAGGGACAGGGACAGGGACAGGGACAGAGACAGAGACAGGGACAGAGACAGGGACAGGGACAGAGAUCGCGAAAGAAGAGACCGUGAUCGAAGAGACCGUGAUCGAAGAGACCUGGACGAUAGGAGGCAUAGUUAUCGCCGAAGUCGAAGUCGAAGCCGAUAGACCCCUGAAGCUCUAUUACACUUUAGCUUGCUCUGCGGAAGAGAAUCCCAAUAUAUUCAUAUCUUUGGUGCCUCGAAUUCAACUCUAG